UUUAUUUUUGAAUAUUUAUCGACCAAGUCUGCUAAUGGAGACAUGGCUGGACUUCGACGUAGAAUGCAUUUAUUGGCUUAUAUAUUUAUUUAACUUAUAUUAUAAGCAUUAAGCCACGUAAAAUGACUCUCAAGCGUUAUGUUUUGCACUUUUAAGCCUGCAAAGUAAGUAAGUAAGUACAUUUUCACCGCUGCAAAAUGAACGCAGCCGGACACUUUAUCGUGCGACACUGGCCGGAACUGUAUCACUGCCCGGAAACGACCACUGUGAAACGAACAUAAGCGCCUACAGGAAGACGGGGACAUUAAAAAAAAUGACACAGGGGGGGAAAUAUUUGGCUAAUAACACUGAUUAAAGGAAAGGAGAAACCCUGAAAAGGACGAAUUCGAUUAAUACGCGGUUCAGCGACCGAAAAUAGGUCGCCUUGUAAAGCGAUCAGUUUGCAUUAGCCAGCUAACCGAACGGAAAUAGGGUUUGGUUAACGGGGCGACAACAGAGCUCUUGGGCCAAUGGAGAGGCCUUUGAAACUGUUUUCGACGGGAGGAUGAGGAAAAAUGACCCGCUAACCUGAAAUCGGAAACCGCCUUUGUGUACAUUCCCUCAUUCUCUUCUGAGCUAACAAAACUCUGAGUAACCGGAGUAAGAGCACCGACACUGAACACUUCAGCACAAGUACUCGAGUUUGAGUGUGCAGAUGCGGAGGUGAGGGAGAUCUGGACGGAUUAAAAGGAUUAAAAUCGCCGCUGCUCUGGUCCCUAAUGAGGUUGCUGACGGCAGACAGAGGCAAGAACAACUGGAUCAUUUUGCUGCUGUGCUCUUGGUCUUCCAACUUGGGACUUCAUCCCAUUCAGUGGACAUUCUGGCAUUGCUUCUUUUUCCUUUUCACUGUGAUUUGAACUGAACUGAAUGGCAAAGACGGCAUUUAAUAAGGAACACACAAAUGGGGACCAUUUCUUUAAAUGCCUGUGAGAUAAAUAAGUAAGAGAACAUUCCCUCACCGCAACAAGGGAACGAGAAGGAACCAGAGGAGUGUCCCUCAACAGUGAGGGAAAUGUUCCAGUUUGGAAAGUACCCAAUGGACAUUUUAGAAAUGCUUAGUGGGCACCAGGCUCAUCAGUUCAAAGGCCUAGGGUUUGAACGACAGCUGCAGCACCAACAGCAACUUCAACACCAGCAACAGCUUCAGCAGCAGCAACAACAGGGUGAGGCCUCUGGAGCUCUCCUCUCUGGGCUCGGCCUAGGCUCCCUGCAAGGAUCUAGAAGUAAUGCGUUUUCAGAUUCCUCGUCGCUUUUUGCCAAAAUGAGUGCGCCACCUCCACCCAUCCCACAGCAAACGCAGUCUUCUUCCUCACAAAGCUCUCGCAAAUCUAGCAAGAUGAGCAGUACUGGCAGUUCAACUUCUGGAUACCCGCAAUUUUUGCGUCCUUUUCACCCUGCAGAGGCUGCUCUAGCACAAGAGCAACUUCACUCAGGGAUGGGACGGUUUGAUUUUGCAGGUGGUAGUAGUACUGGUGGUUCUGGAGUGAUUGGAGGAGUUGUAACAUCUGCUCCCCCACCGCCACCACCCUUGCACCCUGGUCUCUCUGUGCCUCAACCAUCACCUGGACCAUCGUCUUCAUCACCUUCUCCCUCCAGUUCAACCACCACCUCCAAUAACCCUGCUACCAGCAGCAGUACAGUAGCUGGACUGGUUGGGGCUCAGUCUGAGGCACGUAGUUUACACCAGCAAUUUAGUUGCAUGCUUGCAGCCAACCAGUACUUCCUUUCUGGAAUGCCUACCAAUGCUAGCCUUGAGCAGUUCCUAGUUCAACAGGGUCCCCAUAAUCAUCUUGGUCUUACAGACUCAAACACAGGUCUAGCUCCUCCCCCAGCACUUCACCCCUCUCACACACAUGGCCACCCAACCCCUCAGCCUCAGCAGCAACAGCAGCAGCUACCACCACAUGCAUUGUCUCACCCUCACAGCCAUGCUCACCCACAUCACCCUCUUCAUCCUGCACCUCAACCAUCACCACUUAGUGGAUUUGAUUUUCAAGGCAUCCCUGUUCUUUCCUCCAAUCAACUAGCUUCCCUAAUGCAACAGGAAGCUGGUCUUCCUCUCCCUCUUCCACUUCAUCUCUCUACUCCAAAGGAUGAUGGGAAAGGGGAUGGUACAUCUGUGGCUGGAGGAAGCGGAGGUAGUGGCAGCAGGAGAAAGAAAGCAAUGGCCGGAUACCUGCCCCAGAGGAAAACUGAUGGCAGUAGUGGUACCAGUAGCAGUACUAAUUGCCAUAGCAGCUCUGGGGCACAUGGCCAUGAUGGGUCUUCUGGCCUUGUUGGAGGAGGUGCAGGGGUUGGCAUGAGAGGUCUUGGUAGUGACCCAUCCUCAAUCCUCUCCUCUUCAACACCGUCCUCCUCCUCUUCUUCAACUGUCUCUUCCUCUGCCCCCUCCUCAAAUUCUGCCUCUGUGUUGGUAACAAAUGUUUCACAGAUACCGAAAUCUGAUAAUCAAUCUGCAAUGACUCCCACUGUUACUCAGCCUGAGCCUUAUCACUGUGGAGAGUGUGGCAAGUCAUUCACACACCUCCAUAGUCUCCGUAGACACGUACGUAGCCAUGAAGGAGGGGGUACAGGUCCCAAUAGCAGCGUUAACACAACUCCAAAUACGGUUCAUCAACAUCAGUCAGAUACAAGUCUCCCUCACUCAACACAAGAUGGCAUAUCUCAGCAAAAUGCCCAUCAUCAACAUGAACCAAAUCAGUCCAAUCCUGACCCUUCCUCUUCAUGCCCAAGUCCAGAUAAGACAUAUUGUUGCAGUGAAUGUGGGAAAGGUUUCAAGAAAAGAGGACAUCUCCUUCAGCAUGGUGUUAUACAUUCUGGUGCACGGCCAUAUGCUUGUUCUACCUGUGAGAGAUCUUUUAACCGGCGUGAAUCUCUUACGCGACAUGAGAAAAUUCAUGAGGAUAAACCUUAUCGCUGUCCAGCUUGUGAUCGCUGCUUUAGAGAGAGUACCUCGUUGCUUAACCAUGCUGCCUCUGGCUCAUGUGGCAAACCAGGUAGGGGAUCGAGUUCGAGAAGCAGCGAUGGCAGUUCAGUGAGUUCCGAAGACAAGGUGGAAGGUAGUGAAUACCAAGGUGGACAGAUAGGAAAUGAUAAAGAAUUGGUUUAUGCGAAAGCCGAGGGAGGUGCAACCGAGAUGUCCUGUGAUGUCCUGUAUCCACAGGGAAGAGGAGGGAAUCCAAGUACUGGUGAUAAGCCAGAAGGGAAAUAUAAUUCGGCCUAUUCAAGAGAUCCCUACCAAGCAUCCUAUAGAGUUGAUGAUUAUCGUAGACCACAGGGUACCCUGACCUCAUACUCUGGAGAUGGCUCUUGUACUAACAGCAUGUCAGGCCCUGCCCUCAGAAAAGCUCCACUAGCUCCAACACUUCACCCACACCCUCCAAAUCAGCAACAACAUCACCAUCACCAACAGCAGCAACAUCUUCCACUUUCUUCUCUUCUAGAUGACUCGGAAGAUGAAGUUACCAGCAGUGCCAUGUCUGCGAUAGCUGCAGCUGCUGCUGCCUCCGUCUUGCCUGAAAUAAACAGCAGUGGGGGAAGAGAGGAGCGAAGAGAUAUAAUUGGAGGUUUGUUAGGGGGUCUUGGUUUUGGGUCUCUGAGUGGCCCAUCUUCUACAUCUGCAGGAAAUGGAGGAAAUGACGAGUGUUUGAAUGGAUCUAUGAUGCCUUUGUCUCAUCCUGCUCAGCAGCAGCCUAAUUCACAAAAUGCCACAUCUAAUGCCAAACCGAAGCGGCCAAGGAAGCCCAGACAAAAGAGGGAACCUAGGCCUGGUGGUAUCUCUGGAGAGGGUGUAAAGCGUAGGCGGAAUAACCAGAACGGGGCUCGUGGGGAUGGAGCAGAAAGGCCUUAUUUAUGCACUGUUUGUGGGCGUGGCUUUGGCAGACGCGAGACCCUCCGCCGGCAUGAGCGUGUUCAUACAGGAGAAAAGCCAUUCCAUUGUGAUGUUUGUGGCAAAGAUUUUCGAGAGCCUUUCCAUCUUACUAAACAUCAGACUGUUCAUUCAGGGGAGAAAAAUUACAAAUGCUCCCUUUGCGGAAAAGAUUUUGGGUAUGCACAAAGUCUGAAAAGACAUGAAAAGCUGCACCUCAGAGGGGAUUUCAAGCCAAGACGGAGUAAAACCAAGUCUUCGACAAAUCAAGGAGGAACAGUUCAUCAAGAUGGCAGUCAAACAGCCCCUGGAUCAUAUUAUCCUUAUUCUCAAAAUAAAGCUCAAGGAUCCAGUGCUGGCACGUCCAACCAGCCCCCUCCUAAGCUUUACACAUGUGAAAUUUGCUGGAAAUCAUUUCGCCAUCACUUCCAUUUGACUGCUCAUCACCAAGCCAUUCAUGAACACGGUGGGGAGAAACUGUUUUCAUGUGAGGUGUGUGGAAAAGCCUUUGCUUACUCCAACAGUCUGACAAGGCAUCGCUUAUCACAGCACGGUUUAGCACGUGCUGGACCAACCUCCCAGCCAACAGCAAGUGGAUCUGGUGGAAAUACAUCAUCCUUAACAGAAAGCGAGACUGCCACUAAUGUUCUCCUUAGUCUGGCUCCAGACAAUGGAAGUCAUGGUGUACAGCAAACGCACUCAACCAUUGCUCAUACACAGCAUCUUCACUCUCAACCUGCUGGCUAUUCCCCACUCUUCUAUACACCAGAGUCAGGUCCUCAUAGUUCGAAUACCAAUGCCCCUUCACACCCUCAACACCCUCACUACUCACACUCCACUAUAGGGCCCCUUUCCCAUCAGCAGCCAAUAAGUGGGAAGGGACAACAGAUUUAUCAAGGGAUUACAGGAAACCCCAUUCAUUCUGCUCCCCCUCAUAUCCACAUUUCAUCCUCUCCACUCCAUAUUUCUCAGUACCACCACCAGCAGCACUCUUUUCAAAUGCAGCCCCAGCAUCUCCAUCAUCAACUUCUACAGGUGCAUGGAGAUGUUGCCCAGAAAAAGAAAAAAAAGAAGAAAAAAAUUAGGUUUGUCGGUGGGUUCUGUGAAUUUGAGAACGCAAGGUGGCAUAGAUUUUUGCAGAGAAAAAAAAGCAGGCUUCAGCAACAACUUAAGCGUAAAAGGUGGAUAGCCCAGUUAAAGUGGGCCAAGUAUACUGGAGGAAUUGGGAUUAAUUUAGGGAUUGGUACAUGGCGUGCAGGUGGGCUGAAAUUGAGAAGUUUGAGGUCUUUGAUGGUUCCCUUAAGGUUCUUUACAUGUCCUAUCUGUCCUUCCACCACCUUUACACGACGGAUAACCCAUUCAGUUCACCGUGUGAUAAGGCACCCCCCAAGGAAACAUGGCUGUCGGGCUCGCCUGCGAUGUAUAGUCUGCGGUAAGCGUUCUCGAAGGCUCCUCUCAGCUCUUCGCCAUCGGGCUCGGCACCUUUCCCAAGGAUCUUUCUCUUGCCCCCAAUGCCCCUCACGGUUCUGGAAUGCUGCCCUGCUACAGAGGCAUAAAUUUGCUUGUAGACGAGUUGGUGCAGGACGAAAAACACCAAAGGGGACUUAUUCUCAGAAAGGAGAGUAUUAUAUGGAAAGAUCAGGUGGCAUUGCGGAGUACAGGCACUAAGUAUUUUUCAUGCUGAAGAAAACAUGACCGUCAAAACUGAUGAGUUUUAAAAACCCUAGAGACCCCUAAUCCACAGUGGAAAUUCUGCUUUGAAUCCACUACAAAUUUAGUCUCACACACACACAUUAUAUAGAUGGUCUCUGGUUCCAGCCAAGGGAGUGCCUCUUAUAACAACAUGAACAUUAAGCCUGUAUCUAAACAAGAAAAGACAAGACACAUCCAUUAAGGACAUGGAUCUGAAACAUGGUUUCUCCAAAGGGGAAGAAUAUUUUAGGUUAUGGGACUAUUUGGUAGCACCUUUGUUGUUAUAGUAGCAUCUCUAUCCUCUUAAAAAAAAAAAACAUUCAUUACGUAUUUUCGUAAAUUUUUUUUGUGCUGCGAUAAUGAAUGCAAAACCAGUAAGAGUGAACUAAUCUCAACGGUAACACAUUUUUUUUUCUCUAAGUGACUUUCCCCUUAUUACUUAAAAUUUUGGACAGUAUAGUCUUUUAUUUUCAAAUAUAUGUAACUUCUGUUUCUUGUGGCCUGUGCCCUACCCCCAGUAGUCUUGUGUUUAUAGAAAUGCUUGUCUGGGGACUAAUGUUGCUGGGUGGGAAGUUGUUGAACAUAAUUGUUUUAUUCUAUAAGGACAACUGUACUAAGACACUUAGGUUUUCAAACGUUAACAUUGAAAACUAAUACUCAUUCUUGCCUCAAAACUUUCAAAUCAUGUGAAAAUCGUUGCAUAACCGAUGGGGUGGGGGCACCAUAGCUCAAUAGAUGCCAUGAGUUUAAUGUCACCUGUUUUUUAAGAAAUAUGUAAUUUUGUAGGUAUUUCUAUGACAAGUGUUAUAUCUUUUGGUUGUGAUGGAUUGGCCUAGGUAAGAGUGGAGAAACCAGUCCGUACUGUAAAAUGCGUAUUAUAUUUUAUGUAUCAAUUGUUUUUUGUUGCUUUUUGUAUUCUUCAGAGUGCAAGUUUUUUAAUCAUUUGUACUAUUUGUGGUUGGGCGUGUGUGUACGUUUUUAAGACGAGGGGAAUAUAUGUAUCAAUGUGAUUUUAUUUUAUUUUAUUUUUUCUUUUUAACCCCCCCCCCCCCCCCCCCCCCCGUCUAAUCUAAACAAGUAUAGCACAGGUCCCCAACACUAUUGUAUACAUUUCAAUACUUUGCUUAGCGCCUCUGUCCCAGUGUAAUCUCAGUAAACUAAAAUAUGGCAUAUAAAUACUAAACUAUCGUUUUUUCCCUGUUUUCUGCAACAGCAAAAAAUAGUAAGGCACACCAAAAAACCAAUAAAAAAUUAAAGUCACCCAAGAUACUUUUGAUAUUAUUUUGACGUAUAAAACCUCACCCUGUUCUUUAAGCUCUGCCUUGUGAGGAAGAAAGGCCUAACAUUAAAGGCAUAGAUGGGAGUUUAGAAAAGCUUUUAAAAUCGACCAGGUGGCACGCACCUGGCACUUCCAGUGCUGCUGUCUUGCCUUUCUGGAGCUUUCUCCACUCACAUGUCCUGGCACAUGCCCUCUGCAGUGCCAUACGCCAUUAGAGGCGGGGAGGAGAAUGCCUGCAGGGUUGCCGUGGCAGGGGCACACAGCCGUCUGUUCUUUGAGGUUGUUCUAGCUCCAACCUAAUGAAAGUGGAAUGAGUUCAGUGCUGUCUUUGUUGUUGUUGACGUUGUUGUCAUCCCCCCUCUAAACGGUUUGAACGAACUGAAUUUGGAGUUGAGUCUUAACUGAUUUAAAAUGUACAGAACAUUACAAUUGUUUCCAAAGGUUUUUAAUUAUACCAGUUUAAAAAACAAAACAAAAAAAAACUUAAAAAAUAAAAUAAAAUCUUAAGAUGCAGUAUACAAGAAGUUCACUAGAUGGUGGUAAAAGACUCGUAUAUGACCCCUUCAUGGUGCCUUGCUGGUCGAGGGUACUGUUGAAAAUUCCCUAUACACAGCAAUAUUUUAAAAAUGAAAUUAAAUUAUGUAUAAUGCAAGGUUUGUGUAUGUUAGUGAUUUUAUAGGAGAACCUUUAUGCAUAGUACAGAAUAUUUUCAUGCCUCGUACAUGCAUAUAUACAUAACCAUCCCCCCUGCCCUAUUUAUAAAGGAAAAUAUCCAGCGACAUGGCUUUUCCAUUAGAGGUGUUGUGUUUAAAGUAUAAUACAAACGGAAAGAAAAUAAUAAUAAUA